UCACGUGACGGACGUCAGAACUGUCACACGUACUUAUCGUUCGCUCUGUAAUAUUGGCCUAAAAAUCUGGUAAAAAGUUGAUUUAUAAACGCAAACUGUGUAAAAUUAAAUAGCUACUAUCAGUUAGAAACAAAAAUAAUAGUUUUUAGUGCGUUAACGUUACUGUGUGGUUAGUAAUAUCAGUGUAAAAUCGAAGUGCAGUCGCCUAACCGGACAUCCAUUGCGCGGGUCAGCUGACCGGCUGUCAACGAAUCAGCUGUGAGAGUCUGCGCACGCGCAUUAGCAGUGUGUCAGUGACUGCCACUACAAAUUACACCUUAUCACCCACACAUUAAACACAAUUUACAAUGGCGGACUGUGCUGGGUGCUUCAACAAGGUAACCGAUGGCAGAUUUUUAAACUGCCAUAACUGCCAAAAAUCGUAUUGUCUCCACUGCACUAAUUACACUGAGGAAUUCCUUAAUUUUAUGGGACCCGCGCAAAGGUAUUCAUGGAAGUGUGUUGAGUGCAAAAGUGCCGAACCUAAGUUGGAUAAUACGAAUACGCCGCUGCGCGGCAUCAGUGACAAUGUAAACAUGCAUAGGGGAGCCGCACGCCCUUGCGGGGCAGUGUCCAACGAGCAUGACAACUCGGUCAUGGAUGUGUCGUACACGGACAACCAGCGUUUGAACGAUACCACUAGGCUCGACAUGAAUGGGGCCUCCGACAUUCAACAGCUGGUAGCCGAACUUCGUUUGUUUCGGGAAGAAAUGCGGGCGAUGAGGCAGCACAUCCAGGCUCUUCGCGCCCGUGUCACUCUGGGAAUGGAAGACCAUGUUUUAUUAGACCAUGCUCUAGAGAGUAAUACCACAAGUGUUAGUGUAGGCGAGAACACUGAGGCUUCACUGGCGGACACCGUAGCCCAGUUAAGAUUAGAGUUAAACGAUCGUGACCAGGAUAUGUUACUCAAUGAUGUCGAGAUAUCGAACGUACCGGAACAGAGUGGGGAAAAUACAUUGCAUAUAGUAGCUACCUUGGGUCAGAAGCUCGGUGUUACACUGUCGGAACACGACAUCGUUGAUGCGACUCGCGUAGGGCGGGCGCCGCGACUAGACGAGGGCACCCAGGGCCAGCCGGCCCGCCCGCGACUGCUGGUGGUGAGGCUGGCGCGCCGCGCCGUGCGCGACCGGCUGCUGCAGGCGGCGAGGGUCCGCCGCGGGGCGACCACGGAGGGCACCGGCCUGCCGGGCCCCGACUGCCGCUUCUACGUCAACGAGCGGCUCACCUUCGUCAACCGACGGCUGUUCCAGAAGGCGCGGCAGCUCAAGGAACACUACGGCUGGCGAUAUGUAUGGACCCGCGAUGGUAGGAUUUACGUGCGCCAACGUCCAGGUACGGAAUCACCGCGACACCGAAUUCGAACGGAACUGGAUUUGAGCCGUGUUUUUGGUACACUUGAUAUUUGAUGGUAUAUAUGAACUUAUCUUGGUGCUAAUCCUUUUAGACUAUAAAAAACUUUGUUUCACAUUAAAUAAUGCUUUUAAAAUACACAAUCUACGUCGCUAUUUCGUUUGCUAUUUUUUAUUUUUGUCGGUUUUCUACAUAUUUUUUUCAAUUUAUAACUGUUAUUGUUUUGAUUAUAAGAACAGACUGCUAUUGAAUUUGUCACUGGAGUGCGUUGUAGCAGCUACGAUCGUGGGACAUCAGAAACCGUACACUAUACACUUUUGUUUUUAUUACGUCAACACAUACAAUUCACUUUACAACACUCUUUCUUUUGAACACACAUAUAUCAUCACUCUUUUAAACACUUUCCUCAGUAAUACGAGUAAACUUGCAUCAGUGUUUGAGGUUAUACGGCCGCGUUGUCAAUUACCACAUGAAUUAACUUACAAAACAAUAUUAGAUAAUACGAGUCAUAGUGCCCACUAAAACUAAAUACCACAAAUUAGGUCUUUUUAACGCGGGUUCACUGGCAACUGGACAGGAUGAUUUUUUAAUUGCGAUGGAUAGAUUUGACGCUGAUAUUGUCGCGAUCAAUGAAUCAUGGAUCAGACAGGGCCAGGAAAAACGCGCACCGCUCGUCCCCGGAUAUAAAUUCAUUAACGCCCCGCGACCGACUGGAAUGCGCCGAGGCCGCGGUGGCGGGGUAGGUUUCUACAUUAGAACUAGCGUGCGCGCGCGCCGAUCUACCCACCCUGUUGCUAAUAUUGAACAAUUGUGGUUAUCGGUCUCAAUUAACGGUAGGAGUUAUAUAAUAGGUACGGCGUAUCGUCCUAACUGGAUUAAUGUAGAUACGUUUUUAGAUGCCCUAACAGAAUCCAUAACAUUUUUCUCUAAACACGAUUAUGUUGUUUUGCUUGGAGACUUUAAUAUCAACAUGCUUGAGACUACAAGCAGUAAUGCCACAAAAUUUACUUGUUUUCUUAACUACUUGAGCUUACAACAAGUGGUGAAGGUACCAACUCACUUUUCUGUAGGCAAUAAGACACUCCUUGAUGUUGUGUGUACCAACGCACCUGUUACCGAUGUAUGCGUUUCUAAUAUAACAGGUUCUCUUGGUCAUGCCAUGGUAACAAUUACUUUGCCAACAAAACGACCCAAAAUAAUGCCUAAGACGUUUACCUAUAGGCCCAUUAAGGAUAUUAACAUGGCGGAAUUUAAUAGGGAUCUGCAUGCUAUUAAUUGGGAGUCAGUGUUGGCAUUUGAAUCUGUUGAACAUAUGGUUGAGGCUUUUAAUAUCCUAUUGUUGUCGUUAUAUGACUCACAUGCUCCAUUUAAAUCUGUCACAGUUAGGCAUAGCCAUUCGUUGCCCUGGAUUACAGACACUAUUAAAAUUAUGAUAAGAAAGCGUAACGAGGCUUAUUCAGCAUACAGGAAGUCUAAAACGGAAAGUCAUAAACAAUAUUACAAUGAAUUAAAGAAAUUGGUAAAACAAAGUAUAUUUAAUGAAAAAAAAAGUUACUACAAUCACCAUAUCAAUUCAAAAUACAAAGAUCCGAAAACACUCUGGAAAAAUAUUAAAAAUAAUGUUUUGACAGAUAAUACUCGUGACCGGCUUCCUGAUCACUUCAAUAAUCCAAAUGUAAUUAAUGAUAGUUUUUUGAAUGUGCCUGGUAGUGAUGGGGUUUCUUUGUCCACCAUGUUGACAUUUGAACAAAAUCGCUUCAGUAAUUCUGUUUUUAGCUUAAAACCUGUCGAAGAGGGUCAAGUGGGAAAAUAUAUAAUGUCUGUUACCACCAAUGCAAUUGGCGUGGACGGAAUCAGUAGAGAUAUGGUGCUUCUUACUCUUCCUCGUACUUUGUCAGUAUUAACAGCCAUAAUUAAUCACUCUAUUUUGACAGGUGAAGUGCCAUCAUUGUGGAAAUCUGCCAUAGUUACACCUCUGCCAAAGGUGGAUAACCCUAC